AUGUCACGGCAACCCAACAUGCGAGACCGGCCAGCACAACCAGGUCCGUACGGUCCACACAACCCUCCACCGCCUCCGUCCGAGCCCCCACCGAGGGGACCCAGAGAACGCGAAGACCGGGGUAGAGGUGGUGACGAUUUGGAUGGCGAGAGGAUGCAAGGUCGACGCCGUCCGGAGCUAGCCGUACGAAAACGAGAUUACGCACGGGCGGAAGAAGAAUUGCGAAUGAGACAGCGAGAUCGUGACCGUAGUCGUUCGCCUGCCCGGCGUCUAGAUCCGCGAGAUGAGCAAGAUUGGCGUGGUGAGCGAGCCCGGUAUCGCGAGCGGUCACCGCUGCGUCGGGAGACUGUGGACGUGGAGCCGCAGCGAGACGACCGGAAGCCAGAGAAGGCAGAGUACCAGCGGUGCUUUGCUUGUAACAAGAAAGAUUCCAAACUCUUCUUUGCUAAGACUAUCAAGGGCAUAGGGUUGCUGAUUGCCCAGCUGCCUUCACCGAUAAGAAGGGUUGCUUUCGAUGUGGAGAGCAAGGGCAUAUUGCUCGUCCGAGUCGGCCAGAUCAAGACUGAUGCUGAGGUGGCUGCGGACGAGGCCAAGGCUAUGGCCGGCCGAUACGGUGACCGCGAUGACGAUAGGCAUUGGUCGCCCAGGCAGGAUGCUGCCUUCCGAAGCAGUCGCACGAGAGAUACCAGCCGACUGGAAGCUCACAUCCAGCAAGCGUACGGCCAAGAUCAAGAUGCGCAGCAACACCAUCAGGAGCACUUCAGUGAGGCGCCUUCGCGUCCAGAGUACUCCGUCGAGGACGAAGUGGACUGGGAUGACGACGCUUUAGAGACGGCCCACGUUGCCCCCGCGGUGAGAAUGAGUACCGGUCGGAAGAUGCCACAGCCUGAGGAGCCGUACCGCCACCAGGAGGUCCCAGAAUCCCAUUCUACAACCGCUCAGCAUGCGCCAGUUCAGUCCACGCACCGGAGACCCAGCCAAACACCCAGCACGGCAAAAUCUGCCAAAGAGCCCAAGCUAGGACUUCCACACCUCCAGAAUCCAGAGAACGGGGAGUUUCCGCCGACAGUGCACGACCUUCGCGGCUACGACUACCGCAUCUUCGCCACAUAUGCCGCCAAACCUAAAGCCCAGCGUUUCGUCAACGGCGCCAACGGCAAGAUCGCGCCGGGCAUGUAUGGCUCCGAGCAACGCCACGAUCUGGGACUUUGCUUCACCACCUACCUUACGAAGAAACGUUGUGAGAUGGGUGUCAAGUGUCCCUGGCGCCAUCACCCGCUUUCGAACACUGAAAAGGCUUGGAUCAUUGAGUACGGCAAGCAGAAGGGCAAGGAGUUCAUUGAGAACGUGGACCGGUGGUGGGCGUUUCCUGAGACACCGGUGCCGGGUACUUCUAUGGAGGGCCUAGGUGACGAUAAGAACUAG